GUUUUGAUGAUGAGCAAGAUUCUUUUUGUGAUUCAAGUGGUAUAGAAGUAGAAGAAAAGACCAUGAAUUGCUCUGAAACUGAUGCAGUUCAAAACACAGCUAUAUAUGUGGAAACAGCUAUGCUCUUCUUCCUUACCCUUGAAGCAGACGCACUGUGGCAGAAGAACAAGUUUGGUUUAUUGUCCUACUUCAGCUGUGAUGGAUGAUCAACCACAGGGCUGCCUGAUGCAUACCACCAAUUAACCCCGAUUACAUCAUUUGCAUAUCUAGUAACAUUUUUCCUGUUUCUUGAUGCUCUUUCUUAUUAUCCUUCUUUUCUCUUCCCUGGUUGUCUGCCAAACAACCAACCUAUCCCUAAUUGCUUUUUCCUCCUUGGCCUGAGUUUUGCUACAUCUGUACCUGUUGUGGUUUAACCGCCACAGGCAGCUCAGCCCCACACAGCUGCUUGCUCACUCUUCCCCCUGCACUCCCCUCCGUCCCCCCCCAGUACAAAGGGAGAGAAUCAGAAAGGUAACGGUGAGAAAACUCGUGGACUGAGAUAAAGCCAGUUUAAUAGGUAAAGCAAAAGCCACACACACAAGCAAAGCAAAACAAGGAAUUCAUUCACCGCUUCCCAUCAGCAGGCAGGUGUUCAGCCAUCUCCAGGAAAGCAGGGCUCCAUCACGCAUAAAGAGUACUUGGGAAGACAAAUGCCAUGACUCUGAAAGUCUCCCCUUCUUCUUCCCCCAGCUUUAUAUGCUGAGCUUGAUGUCAUAUGGUCUGGGACAUCCCUUUGGUCAUUUGGGGUCAGCUGUCCCGGCUGUGUCCUCUCCCAACUCCUUGUGCACCCCCCAGCCUCCUCGCUGGCAGGGCAGCAUAAGAAACAGAGAAGACCUUGGCUCUGUGUAAGCACUGGUCAGCAAUAGCUAAAACAUCCCUGUGCAUCAGCAAAUUGUCACAAAUUCAAAACACAGCACCAUACCAGCUACUAUGAAGAAAAUUAAUUCUGUCACAGCCAAAACCAGCACACUACCCAAACUUGUAUUUCUGAUACUGUCACCUAGGUAAUCUUGGCCUAAUGUUGCACCUCAGUGCAGCUGGCCUUGCAAGAUGUCUCUCCCUAACAGAUCACAAUACUCACCAUCAAUUACCUGUAAAUUUUGGCUCUUUGGCUAUUUAUGAGAUCCAGCUGUUCAUCACUCUGCUAUCUGCAACUUUCAUCCGCUUCUUACACUGUAAUCCAUCAUGUCUAGCAGUUUCUCAUGUUAUGUUCAAUAGUUUCUUAAGUUUUCUUCUGUUAGCUUAGCUGUCAGGCCAAGGUCUAGUUAGCAGCGAAUCACUUGUCUGAAGCCCUUAGAAAAUUUAUAGGAGAGUUUGGCUACAUUAUGAUUCAGUCUGUGCUUAGUUUUCAUACAGAUAUCUAUGGAAUUUCUAUAUUGGAGGGCACAGUUUUACUUAAAAAACUUCAUUGAUCACUAAUCAAUUCAAACAAGUCAUCGAACACAGCUUUGAGUAAUUCUCCAUAAUUCUUUAGGAGAUUACUUUCUCAUCUUGAUACCUCUUGCUCUAUAUUUGUCACUCUAAAUACCUAAAAUAAGUUUUUGCUGUUUUGGAACAACAAUCAUGUCAUUAUUUAUCUAGGACUAAUUUUUUAAUGUAAAAUGGGUUUUUCCUUUCCAUAGGCAGCACUUUGUCAUCACAUUUGAUUGCAAAUACACGACAAAAUAGUGACCGAAAUAUUACCGAUGGUUUGGUAAGGAAAAUUCUGAGUGGAACUGAUGCUCAAGCACGCAAUAGUCAAGGCUUAAUACCUCCGCACAUCAGUCAAAUUUAUGAUGAAUUAUUUGUCAUACAUCAGAAACUCCAGAGAGAAAGUUCAGCACAGCAGGAGUAUGCUCUGCAACUCCAGAAACGAGAGCAUUUUCUAAUGGAGCGAGAAGCAUUGCUUUUUAGACAUGAAGCGGCUUUGGCUAAAAUAAAAGGUGUUGAGGAAGAAGUUCACACAAAAUUUGGAAUUAUAAAAGAGCAACACGAGGCAGAAGUUAAACAGCUGACAGAAGCCUUGAGAGAAAUAACUAAAGAAAAUAGGAGGCUGAAGUCAUCAUUUGACACCUUGAAGGAAAUGAAUGACUCUCUAAGAAAACAGUUAAGUGAUGUAACGGAGCUGAACAAGAAGUUAGAAGGUCAAGCAAGGAAAGUACAAGCCCGUUUAGAGAAUCUACAAAGGAAGCAUGAAUUUUUAAUGGUGCAGAAGUCUAAGGAUAUACGUCAAGUGGUGCAACAAAGUAAACCUGUCAAGCAAGAAAAAGUGAUGGUAACAUCAAAAACUGCUAAGCUACCAUUGAACUCACAAGUUUAUGAGCUCUUAACUUUUCUUAUGGAUUGGAUCUCAGACCAGCUCCUUAGCAGAUUAAAAAUACAAGAAGAAAGAGAGGACAGUCAUAAACUUCCAGUUACCGAGACCUCCAAAAAAACCUGCACCCAGGAAAGGUGUAUGAAGCUUUUGCCUGUUACUACUGAGCAACUCCAGUGGAUGCCAUUUGUGAAUCCUAAACUACACAUGCCUGUGAUUAAAUUUAUUUACUGGUCUAUAAGACAGCUAGACAGUAGUGUUCAGCAUGUAACAAUGACAUCAACAAUGAGGAGACUUGGUGAAGAUAUUUUCAAAGGCAUAGUAAGUAAGGGAAACCCACAUAGUUCUUCUGAACACUCUACAGAGAGUAAAUCAAAAUCGGCAGCUUUCUUUAAGAGUUCCUGUAUGCCUUUGAGGUUUCUGUCAACUUUAAUUGUGCUUAAAACAGUGACACAGGUGGAUUACCUGGCUCAAGCGUUUGAUUCCCUUCGCAUAGACUUGAAGACAGAUGAAGGGAAGGCCUUAUUUUUGGAAUACCAAUGUGUGCCUGUCAUAUUAAGUCACUUAAAAGUAUCCAAUAGAGGUCUGCUUUCCAGUGCUUUUGAUGGAUUACUUCAGAUGACCACGGAAUCUGGUUCCUUGCAGCCUUUCCUGGAAGCCUGCAGUAACGAAUCCUUCUUCCGGACUUGCUCUGUAUUGCUUCGAAGUUCUAAGCUAGAUGUUCAGAUUUUGGAAAAGCUCUGUGUUAUACUGCAAAAACUCUCCAGAAUAAAAAGCAAUAAGAAGAUGUUUGAAUUGUUUACUCUUCACCAAAUGAUCCAAGAACUGCAUAGGACUACAAAUCCAGAUCAUGCUUUCCUCUGUAUAAACCUCAAUUCAAUUCUGUUGAAUUUGGGAUUGUCUAGGAGUAACUCUCUUACUCCAGUCUAAACACAAGUCACUAGCACUAUCUUUCAAUGUAAUUAUUGUUCUGUAUAAUUUAUACCAACUGCCUAUGUUGCUUCAAGUUUGGAUACUUCUUUUACUGUUUUCUGUAAAUAAGCAGAACCUCCGUACUGUAUAAGUUGCUCUGUAUCAUGUGGAAUCUCAUUGAUAUUUCCGUCAUUCAUAAAAAAGGAAAAUGAAAAAUUGCAUAAUAUGCUAAAUGGCAUUCUUCAAAACAUUUUAAAGAAGUGAAAUAAUGCUGCUAUUUGGAGUGACUUAUGCAAUCUAAGGAAUUGGAUCCCUUGAGUAAGCAGAUUAGAAAUAACAAUCUUUCCUUACAGGUAUGAAUCUUAGUUACCUUUGACUCUUCUUUUAUAAAUUCAUUUAUUUAUUUUAUGGUUCAUAAGUAACAGGCAGGUAUCUUACCAAAUUAUCUUUUGAGAGAAUUACAGUUGUAAUUAUUAAAAGCAGAUUUUUAUUUAACAUAGCUAGAUGUGUUGAAUGAGAAGUUUUGUUUUGAUUUCAGAAUGUCUUUGUGUUUGAUCUUUUCCUGGAUUUAUGUAACAUUUAGUAUUUUCUCCUGCUUUGUAUGAAUUUCUAGUGUAAAUUUGGGUUGUAAUAUCUCUGAAAAUGUAAAUAAAAACAUUUCUUAAAAUGC